AUGGCUUCCUCUGCUGCUGCAAUCCCCCCUCAGGAAAAGUAUGAUGUGUUUCUUAGUUUCAGAGGUGAGGACACCCACUAUACUUUUACCAGCCAUCUUUAUGCUGCUUUAUGCUCAAAGAAAAUCAAAACCUACAUAGACGACAUACUUGAGAGGAGAGAGCAAAUUGCACCUGCCCUUUUCGAAGCAAUUGAGACAUCAAAGCUUUCGUGCAUAUACUGCGAUGCAAGGCAAGAGGGGACAGGAAGUUAUGCAUAUGCAUUUGCUCAACUUGAAACACGUUUCAAGGACAGCACGGAGGGAGUUAUGAAGGUGCGCAAGUGGAGAGAUGCUUUGAAGGCCGCAGCCAAUAUGGCUGGGUUUGAUAAUUCAAACAAAAGGGGGUAA